GGUCCCGCGGAGGCGGAAAUUCCGGUUUUUUUGGCUGCAGGAAGAGGAGUUGCCUAAAUCAAACGAAAAAAGGCGCCAACAAGGGGGCUGAGCCAGGCUUCAGCUUUGUCCUACUCUCCUCUCUGUUCCCGCGUUCCAGCCAUGCCCGCCGUGGUCUCCGAGCUGCACAGCCAGCCGGCUCCGGAGCCGAGAGCCGAGCCCCAGGAUGUUGCACCUACUGCUGCUGCAGCCGCCUCCAGCCCGGCCCCCGACCCCGGCCCCGGCCCCAGCCCCAGCCCCAGCCCCAGCCCCAGCCCCAGCCCACCGCCCCGGCCGAACGGGGAGAAGCAGUAUCUGAGGCAGCUCGAGCACAUCCUCCAGCACGGCUACAAGAAGGAGGACCGCACGGGCACCGGCACCGUGUCCGUGUUCGGCUUGCAAGCCCGCUACAACCUCCGAGAUGAGUUUCCUUUACUGACAACUAAGCGUGUGUUCUGGAAGGGUGUUCUGGAGGAACUGUUGUGGUUUAUUAAGGGUUCUACGAAUGCUAAGGAGCUCUCUGCCAAGGGAGUGAAAAUCUGGGAUGCCAAUGGAUCUCGAGACUUUCUGGACAAGCAGGGGUUCACUACCAGGGAGGAAGGAGAUUUGGGACCAGUGUAUGGCUUCCAGUGGAGACAUUUUGGGGCAGAAUACAAAGAGAUGAACACAGAUUAUUCUGGGCAAGGAGUGGAUCAACUACAAAAAGUGAUUGACACAAUCAAAACCAACCCUGAUGACAGAAGGAUCAUUAUGUGUGCUUGGAAUCCUAAAGAUCUUCAUCUGAUGGCGCUGCCUCCAUGUCAUGCUCUCUGCCAGUUCUAUGUGUUGAAUGGUGAGCUUUCUUGUCAGCUGUACCAGCGAUCUGGAGAUAUGGGCCUGGGGGUGCCGUUCAACAUCGCCAGUUAUUCCCUGCUCACCUACAUGAUUGCUCAUGUCACAGGCCUGAAGCCCGGUGAUUUUGUACAUACUCUGGGAGAUGCUCACAUAUACUUGAAUCAUAUUGAGCCACUGAAAAUUCAGCUUCAGCGAGAACCAAGACCUUUCCCCAAGCUCAAAAUCCUUCGAAAAGUUGAAGCCAUUGAUGAUUUCAAGGCAGAGGACUUCCUGAUUGAAGACUACAACCCAUACCCAGCUAUUAAAAUGGAAAUGGCUGUCUAAAGCAACCUGAUGCCUGGAUGAGAAUGUGUUCGAUCUUUUCCAGAAUACUAUGUAGUCUGUAUAUUGUUACAAAGCAUCCUUUUUUGGGCAAACAGGAUAUAGUUUAUAUCACACAAAAAAAGACAUGAUAAAGGCCUAGGAGUGGAGAAAAUCUAAUUUUACUCAAUUACAAAUACAGGCUCUCACUGAUCAAAUUAUUUUAUUUUUACAUAUAUAAAAUAAUCUGAUCUGAAAUAAGUCCACAAACUGUUAUACCUGGCAACUUUAGCAGAAAUGCAUGUAUAGAAAGAAUGGCUAUAAACAAAGCUAGAUAUGUUGUCUUAUGUAAAAUUAUUAUUAUUAUUAUUAUUAUUAUUAAAAUA